GAGAACGCGGUAAAAAACAUAUUCCGGUCUGCAGACGGAGGGCAGCAUGGCAUCCGACAGCAACAUGGCUAACGUUAACGGCCGGGAAACCGCUUCUCUGAACGGGGAACCGGCCGUUAAACGAGCAAGAGAGAGCGAGAAACAAGACCCGUCGCUCCGCAUCCCGAAGGAGCCUCAAAACAAAGUGACCGUUGUGCUCGGUGCGCAGUGGGGCGACGAGGGAAAAGGAAAAGUUGUGGACUUACUCGCAAUGGAUGCGGACAUUGUAUGCAGGUGCCAGGGAGGCAACAAUGCAGGUCACACAGUGGUUGUGGACUCAGUGGAGUAUGAUUUCCACCUGCUGCCCAGUGGGGUGCUCAACAAGAAGGCUGUCUCCUUUAUUGGCAACGGAGUGGUGAUCCACCUACCAGGUCUGUUUGACGAGGCUGAAAAGAACCUAAAUAAAGGCAAAGGAUUACAAGGAUGGGAGGAGAGGUUAAAUAUUUCUGACCGUGCCCACAUUGUGUUCAACUUCCAUCAAGCUGUUGAUGGAAUCCAGGAGCAGCAGCGGCAGCAACAAGAAGGGAAAAAUUUGGGAACCACUAAGAAGGGUAUCGGUCCCGCCUACUCCUCCAAAGCUGCUCGGAACGGUCUGCGAGUCUGUGACCUUGUCUCAGAUUUCAAGGUUUUUGAGGACAAGUUCCGUAAGUUGGCGGAGCAUUUCCUGACGAUGUAUCCGAACCUCAACGUGGACAUCGACAGUGAACUCGAGCAGCUGAAGGGAUACGCAGAGAGGCUGCGUCCUCUGGUGACUGACGGUGUGUACUUCAUGCACAAAGCACUAACUGGACCCAGUAAGAAAAUCCUGGUGGAGGGGGCCAAUGCUGCCCUCCUGGAUAUUGACUUUGGGACGUACCCUUUCGUGACGUCUUCUAACUGCACCGUGGGAGGUGUGUGCACCGGUCUCGGCGUGCCUCCAUCUUACGUCGGCCGAGUCUACGGCGUAGUCAAAGCCUAUACGACCCGAGUGGGAGUUGGUGCUUUCCCAACAGAACAGGAUAACGAUAUCGGGGAGCUUUUACAGUCCAGAGGAAGAGAGUUUGGAGUGACGACGGGCCGAAGGAGGCGAUGUGGUUGGCUGGAUCUGAUUUUGGUCAGAUACGCACACAUGGUCAAUGGCUUCUCUGCGAUUGCCCUGACGAAGCUGGAUAUUUUGGACACGCUGCCUGAGAUUAAAGUGGGCGUGGCCUAUAAGGUUGAUGGGCAACAUCUACCCAGUUUCCCAGCAAACAUGGACGUGUUGACGCGAGUGUCGGUGGAUUACGAGACAUUGCCUGGCUGGUGCUGCAGCACUGAGAGAGCCCGGAGCUUCGAGGAGCUGCCCGCGCAGGCACAAAAUUACAUUCGGUUCAUCGAGAACUUCCUGCAAGUGCCAGUGAAGUGGGUCGGAGUCGGCAAGUCCAGAGAGAGCAUGAUCAAGCUGUUUUGAUCGUUGUUGAAAUUCCACAUCUGAAGUUGUCGACAUGCCAUGACAACAUAAGAUUAGCAGAGCUCAAGAGGCACACUUUCUACAGGAAGAACUUCACCAGCAAAGCCACAUGUGACACUUUUAGUUGCUGCUUGUCUGUUUCCUUUACAAAAGUUCUUCAGAUAUAAUUUAUGCAUUCCACACACCGAUCUCUAUAUUUAUUAGGCUCUUAACUUUUUAAGCCUGAUUU